UCAAGGCAGUACGACGUUAAGGAUAGUUGCUUUUAAUUUCAUUCAGUUGUGGCUGAAACACCGGCGACGACAGUACAAACUUAUACCUACUCUAACAUACUUAUUAAAUGCACUUUAUAAAUAAGAUAAAAAUAAAAACAUAAAACACCAUAUACACUAGUCGAAUUGAGCGCGAGACUUGGCAACUUUCCUCGCGUUCGAACCGCGUUAUCUCUAACAAACACAUUUUAUUAAUUAUUUUAAUUAUUUAUCUCAUCAAAUAAAAUUUUUAAUUUAUUCUACUUUGCAUAAAUUUCAAAAUAAUAAUUUUUUUUUAUUAAAAUGAACCAUAAAAAUAAUUUUAAAAAAUAAAAUUGAAAAUAAAAGUUAGUUUAUUUCUAUUUCGAUCGUUAUCCAGUGCAGUGUGUGCGUGUCGCGAUAUGUUCGUUCGUUAUAUUCACUUAUAAACUAUAUAAAGUAUUAAUAGCAUCGAUUUGUCUUUAUCAUUACUUUUGCUCCUGAAAAUAAGUACAUUCGCACUGUAAAAAUAAUAAUAAUAAUAAUAAUAGUGAAGUAAAAUUGAGCAACUAUUGCGAAUAAAUUCUAGUCAAUAGAAAGGUAUUUUAAAUUAACUUUUAAAUAAACCAACAAAAAUGGUAACCGCGUAUGAAGCAAUAACUAUUGCAGCAGACACAUGUCUGCUUUUAUUGAAAAUUAUUUACUAUAUUAUCGAAAGUGCCUACCGAUUAAUCGUACCGGUUGAAGAGAAAAAUGUUGCUGGGGAAAUAGUUCUGAUUACUGGGGCUGGACAUGGAAUUGGUCGUGAAUUGGCGUACAAAUAUGCAUCACUUGGGGCAAUUGUUGUGUGUUGGGAUCUAAAUGCUCAGAGUAAUCAAGAAACUGUAACAGAGAUAAUGAAAUUAGGAGCCACGGCUGCUCAUGCAUAUCAAUGUGACGUAUCUGAUAGAGAACAAGUAAUAAAAAUUUCAGCAAGAGUUAAAUCCGAAGUUGGACAUCCGACAAUAUUAAUUAAUAAUGCUGGAAUAAUGCCUUGUGAAAAAUUUUUAAAUUACUCCCCUGAGACUGUUAAAAAAAUAAUGGAUAUAAAUGUUCUCGCUCAUUUUUGGAUACUGGAGGCGUUUUUACCAAUGAUGAUUAAUAAUAAUUACGGUCACGUUGUUGCAUUAUGUUCGAUGGCGGGAAUGGUAGGCUUGAAAAACCUUGUACCUUACUGCGCCUCAAAAUUUUCUGUCAGAGGUCUGAUGGAAUCAUUGAAUGACGAAUUAAAUUGGAUUGAAAAUUAUCCGAAGAAUAAUAUUAAAUUUACGACCAUUUUUCCGUACAUGGUUGAUACUGGUCUCUGCAAAAAACCACAUAUGAGAUUUCCCAGUUUGAUGGCACUAGUCCCUCCGAAGGAAGCCGCAUCUCUUAUUGUUACCGCGCAAAGAAGAAAUUUUACCGAAGUUACUAUUCCUAGAUAUUGGAAUAGUGUCAAUUGCAUUUUAAGGAUAUUUCCAGAAAAAGCUGGUAUCGCAAUAAAAGAAUUUUUAAAAAGCGGAGUUAUUGCUGAUAGUUAAAAAAAAAAAUCAAAUUUUGA